AUGUCAAACAUCUGGGAGAUUGAAUCUGAUUAUACUGAUAAUAUGAGAGUACCACUCGAAUAUUAUAAUUUACCCACAUUGAAGGUCAUUCUAUACUGUAUUUAUUGGAGGAAAUACGACAUAUGGAACGGGAAUGACAAGAGCAUGAAUCCAAAACUACCAACGGAAUUGAGUCUUUCCACAAAAACUUAUACCGUUUUGUUAUGGAAGUUUCGCAGGUUUAUGGAAACGAAUUGUCCAACUACUACGAAAAUGGAGUCAGUCCUGUUUACGGGUCUAAGAAAAGGAAGUCUCAAAGCCAAAGACUCAUCAAAACUUUGUACGAAGCAUUUGAUAGUAGACCACUUAUCUAAAAAUAAUAAUGCCAUUUACGGUAAUAAAUCCAGUAGAAAUAUCAAAAAAAGAAGUUUGGACAGUACUGUUGAAGAAAGCACCAACUUGCACGAUAUUUUUGGUAUAGAUAAAAAGGCAAAUAAUCACCGUAUUGAAGAGAAAAACAAGAUGGAAAAUGGUAUCACGGCUUUAUUUUCGACAUAUGACGAUGAUCUUCCCUAUGAUUUGAAUAAUCUUCAACAUAACGGCGACUACAAAGUCACAUCCGAUGAAUAUUAUAACUUUACCGGACAACUCAAUGCUGAUUUAAAAAACAGAAUGUUUGGAGGUUUCGUUGUGGAGAAACACUUGAAUUUGUAUCUGAUUAUUGCAGUGGCCCAUUAUCCGACGAAAAUCCCAAAAAAAGACGAUGAUAGCAGCUCUGUGUGCUCGAUGGACUCAUUAAACAUUCAGCAUACUCUUGAUGAAGGCUGGAUUGGUGCUGAGGAAAUGAAGUCUAAGUUUACUACCUCUCCAAAUCUGGCCACGUUACGCGGAUGA